AUGAAGAUUCUCUACCUUCUCGUUUCCCACGUGGGCCUGCUGUUCGCGCCUGGAAUCCUUACCGACGACGGUUUUACUGCAGGGGAGCCGCUGUUCCUUACGCCGCUCAUUAAGGCAGGGGCGCUGCAGCAUGCCAAGUCGCUUAGCCAGGUCGGACGCAUCGGGGCAGAUAAGGAAGUGCCCAGCUACGCCGGAUACAUCACUGUCAACCCAGAGUUCAACAGUAACCUGUUCUUCUGGUUUGUACCUUCAGUGACCAACCCUGGCCAUGCUCCUGUGCUGUUGUGGCUACAAGGCGGACCAGGCUCGCCUUCGUUGCUGGGAUUCUUCGUCGAGCACGGACCGUACCGCAUGACGAAAGAUGGACAGGAGGUCAAGUUCCGCGGUCGAACGUGGGCCCGUCGCUUCUCGAUGCUGUACGUCGAUCAACCUGUCGGCACGGGCUAUAGCUUCACCGACAGCGAAAGCGGCUACGCACACAACAUGACCGACGUGGGCCGCGACAUGCUCGUGUUCCUCCAGCAGUUCUUCACGCUGUUCGGAGAGCUAGCCCAGAACGAGUUCUACGUUACCGGAGAGUCGUACGCCGGCAAGUACGUGCCGACGAUUGGCGCAGUGCUGCAUCAGAACGCCGACACCAUGCGGGUCAAGAUUAACUUCCGAGGGAUCGCCAUAGGCAACGGCUUCACGGACCCCAUCAACAUGCUGGGCUUCGGCGAGCUCCUCUACGGCUUUGGGCUCAUAGACCGCAUCUCGGCCGACUACAUGAUGCGUGUCGCCGACCAAGCGGCCGACUGCAUCCGUUCCGGCCUCAUGCGAGACGCCGUUGUGCUGAUGGACAGGCUGUUCUUCGGCGUGCUUCACGAGAGCACAUUUUACAAGAACGUCACGGGCAUGCACUAUUAUUACAAUUUGCUGCUCGAUAGCGCGCCAAAGGACAAUUCAGCGUACAUGACGUUCGUGCAGAGACCAGAACUACGGCGUGCACUGCACGUGGGAAACCAAACGUUCCACGUGUCGCGUACCGUGGUGGCUUCGCACUUCUUCGAAGACCUACUGAGUUCGGCCAAGCCGCAGUUCACUGUGGUCGUCGAGGGUGGCUACAAGGUGCUCGUGUACAGCGGUAACCUGGACAUGGCCAUGUCCACCACUCAGACCGAGAAGUUUUUGUCGCAAGUGGACUGGUCUCACGCCGGCCGCUGGAACCGCGAGCCGCGGACCAUUUGGCGUAGCAGUGAUGGCCGUCACCUGUACGGCUAUAAGAAGACCGUCGAGAACCUCAACUUCGUGGUGGUGCGAAACGGUGGUCAUCUAUUGCCUUUCGAUCGUCCUAAGGUCGCUUACGAACUCAUCACGGCCUUCAUCGAAAACAAGCGCCCUUUUAACGCCUAGUCUUAUCCGUUAAACGGUAAACUAUAGUAUAAUAACUGGCAUGGCCAUUGACUUUGGUCGCCACCAUCUCCAACGUUUCCGCCACAUUUACUUUCGUUGGUGGUUCGAUCUUGGUGACGUGCAUUUUCGCUUCAGAAUAUCGUUGCCCGAAAUCCAUGGAGCAAUGUACUGUAUGUCAGCUUUUGCGGUCAAGUCCCUCGUGAUAUCGGUUCCCUUGCUGCGAGUGGUUUCCGUUAAAGGUACAAGCGCAUUGGGCUAAGAUGAUAUGACCGAUGUAUACACCGACUAGGAUGUAUACCUUUGAUUCACCGAAUUUGAGGUUUUCUCGUUUCAAAGACAGAUAUUUUGCCCUAAAACAAUGGC